GCCGCACGCUCGCCGCCUUUCCUCGCGGCUUUCCUCCUGCCGGUGUCUUCUUUGGGUCCGCCGUGGACUUUGCCUUGUCAUGUCAAGAUGGAAGGCAGGAGCGAGUGGCUCGCCUCCUCGACCCGUCCUGAGGGCUUCGAGCAGAUGAGGCUGAAGAGCAGACCCCGGGAACCCUCGCCCAGCCUGACCCGAGUGGGCUCCAACUUCUACAGCGCCGUCAAGCAGCAGGACUACAGUGCCAGCGUCUGGCUGAGAAGGAAAGACAAAUUGGAGCAUUCCCAGCAAAAAUGCAUCGUGAUUUUUGCACUGGUUUGUUGCUUUGCAAUUCUGGUUGCACUAAUAUUUUCAGCUGUGGAUAUUAUGGGAGAAGAUGAAUAUGGACUCACAGAAAAAAACUGUCAAAAUAACUGUCGAGUUACUCUUGUGGAAAACAUUCCUGAAGGCAUAAACUAUUCAGACAAUGCGCCAUCCCACUUGUCUCUUUUCCAGGGAUGGAUGAAUUUACUUAAUAUGGCUAAAGCAUCUGUUGACAUAGUGUCUUCCCAAUGGAACCUCAGUCACAGCCAUCCAACUUCAUGGCAGGUGCAGAAGUGAUAUAUGUAAACUUAAUUGCUUAUAAUGGUGGUCACUUGCAGUCAUCAUUCUGGAUUGUGGAUAAGCAACAUGUGUACAUUGGAAGUGCCAGUUUAGAUUGGAGUUCACUGGGGUAUUGGCCUUUUUUGGAUGGAAAGAUUAGAGAAGCACUGAUUCUACGCAAUAUUAAAGUGCGACUCCUUAUAAGUUUCUCCAAAGAAACAAAUCCCCUCACUUUUAACUUUAUUUCAUCUCUUAAAGCAAUUUGCACUGAUGUUUCUGACUGUAGUUUAAAAGUUAAAUUCUUUGAUCUUGAAUCAGAAAGUGCAUGUUUUAUUAAGGAGCCAAAAAACUCUUCUCUUCUCAAGCUAAAUCGCAAUAAAUAUGUGGUAACUGAAAGAGCUGCUUAUAUUGGUAAUUUUGACUGGGUUGGGACCUAUUUUAAUCAGAAUGCUGGAGCUGGUCUUGUUAUCAACCAUGCAGACACUGGGAACAAAACCAGCAUCAUUAAGCAACUUAAAGCUGUGUUUGAAAGGGACUGGUACUCACAUUAUGCUAAAAGUUCAACAGCAAAGAUCUCAAACUGUCUAAUCUACAAACACAGCAAAGCUGCAGCCAAUAAGUCUGCCAUAAGCAAUAUGAACUGACGGCCCUUGUACUGUUCAGUAUCACAGCCAAGGGAGAAGUAGAGUAGGAC